CUCGACUGUCAUGGAUUGAAUUUCUCUAGGGUUUGCAUCUUGAAGCCCCCGACCUUUUCUUCUUCUCUUUCACACCUCUCUCCUCUCGAUUUACCCUUUCCAUCUCCUCUCUCAACUCUUCUGCUUCAAGCUUCUAUCGCCAUCUUCCUCACUCUUCUCUCUGAAUUUUUUCCUUAUCCGGUGGUCUUCCUCUCACUUGCACUCCGCUCGUCGCGCCGUUUCAUGCUGUAUUGGAUCAUUUCUGUCUGCAGUGCUCGAUUGUAUUUUGAUUCUGAAAGGUAUAUUUUUGUUCUGAAUGCAGAUGCGAAAGUUUGUCUGCAAAGUACUUAAUGUUCGCAUGACUACAGAAAAUGCAAAGUAGUCAACAAUCUUUUUUUUGAAGAAUCAAAUAGCAUUAAUGCAAAGUAGUCAAUUGGACCCUAUAACAAACAAAAUGGAAUCUUCACUGUCAGAAGCUCCUAGAGGGGUUGCUGUUUCUUCCUCGGAUCCUUCCGUGCAUCAAUAUUUAGUACCCAACAGGCAGAUGGAACUGAUGGAAUCAAUUUCCGGUAGCUCUCUAACUCAGAGUGGAAUGCUAUCACACAUGCAAAGAGGACAGGUUGAUGUUAAAACUGGCAAUUUUGGACGGCAACACUUUCAAAUACCCGACAAUCAAUUUGGAGGGACUGGAAACAUGGUGAGAACUGCAGAAGGGAUGCUAUCACUUCCCGUGAAGCGCAAAGCAUCAAAUGAGCCUUUGAACUCUCUCGCACAGCAGUCUCCAUUGCAUAAUAAGCGUGUUGCACCCAUGGAACAUCGACCAUGGUUGCAGCCAGCUUCUGGAAUAGCCAAAAGACCUCAUUUACAAAUACCAAACAAUUCCCCAGCUCCUGCUCCAAUGCAUUCCCCUGCAGGAACUAAAAGAAAGGUACAGCAAAUGGAAUCACAUCCAACUAAAGUUGGACAUCAACGAUCAAAUUAUUCCAAAGGCCAGACUGCUCCGCCCACUCCAACUUCCAAAAUACAAAAUGAACCAACUGGGUCUGUGAGAUCGAAGAUGAGGGAAUCCUUGACUGCGGCAUUAGCCUUGGUGCCACAGCAGGAAGACAAGUCAUCAAAUGAAGAAAAAAGUCCUCGGACAGAGGCUGAAAAGUCUGCAGCUCCAAAGCAGGAAAAUUCUUUAUCAUCUGGUCCAGCUAUUGGUCAUGUAUCUGAUGACUCAAAGAAAAUUUUUUCUGAAAAAUUAGAUUCUGUUGGUCUUGAAGACAAUGUAGGAAAGAUGUUAGAUAAGAGUUCGCUAAGUGUAAAUGUUAGUGAUUUAGAUGCAUUGAGAUAUGAUGGGCGAGUCUUUCAACCAAAUAAUGUUUUGUCGUAUGAAGAUAUUUCUUUUGGGGAUAACUUUUUUAUUAAAGAUGAUCUUUUACAAGAAAAUGGUCUCUCGUGGGUACUGGAGGCUGAUUUAGGCGUAGCUGAUAAAAAGGAAACUUUAACUGAUGAACUUCAGAAGAUAGAUGUUGGUAUAGGAAAUCAAAACCAGGGAGCAAAACCAGUUCAGACACCCGAGUCUUUAGCUGUGAAAAUUGAAGAAGAAUUAUUUAAAUUAUUUAGCGGUGUUAAUAAAAAGUACAAGGAAAAAGGAAGGUCCCUUUUGUUCAACCUGAAAGACAGAAAUAAUCCUGAAUUGAGAGAAAGGGUUAUGAGUGGGGAAAUUACCCCGGAAAGAUUGUGCUCGAUGACUGCUGAGGAACUUGCUUCCAAGGAGCUUUCUGAGUGGAGAAUGGCGAAGGCUGAAGAAUUUGCACAAAUGGUGGUUUUACCGGACACUGAAGUUGAUAUCAGGCGUUUGGUAAAGAAGACACAUAAAGGUGAAUUCCAGGUAGAAGUUGAAGAAUACGAUAAUGCCUCUGCAGAUGUUUCAUCUGGGGCUUCUACGUUUUCUCAGAGUCAACGCAACAAGAAUGAGUCUGAAGAUGGGUCACCUGAUGAACCCGAAACAGUUAAGGAUGAGCAGAACAUUUCUGGCCAGAAAAAUGCUGCAUCUAACAAGGAUAGUUACACCUUCACAAUUGCAUCAAAUGAAGGGUCUGAUUUGAUGCAAGGACUCAUGGUUGAUGACGGUCUGAAGGAUACGGAGUUGCUGCCUCCAAUCGUCUCCCUAGAUGAGUUCAUGGAGUCCCUCGAUACGGAGCCGCCUUUUGAUAUUUUAGCUGAAGGUGCUGGAAAAUUAUCUCCUGUUUCUGAGAAAGGUGAGUCUGAGCCUAACUCUCGGUUGAAGACUGCAGCUCAUCCUACCAAAGGUGCUACUGAUGUCAGUACAGAAAAGAAUAAUGAAGAGUCUCAUACAAAAGCAGAUAUUGCGUCAUUUUCUAUUGGUCACGUGGAUUUGCAACCUAGUCCUACUAAACCUGACGUGGAUUCUAAUGACAACCAAGCUGGUUUAAGAACGUCAGACAGGAACGACGUUGCAAAAUCUAAUGAUAGUAAUAAUGCAAAAUCUGAGACAGAAUCUCCUGCUACCGCAGUUAAGUUAGAACAUCUAUGGGAUGGCAUUCUCCAGUACAACAUUUCGACAAUGACUUCUGUCGUGGGUACCUACAUAAGUGGCGAAAGGACUUCGGCGAAAGAUUGGCCUGGCAUUCUUGAGAUUAAAGGGAGAGUAAGAUUGGAUGCGUUUGAGAAGUUCCUUCAAGAGCUUCCAUUAUCACGGAGUCGUGCCGUUAUGGUUCUUCAUUUGGAUUUGAAGGAGGGACGCCCUGAAAGUGAACGAGCUGAUUUACGCGAGGUAGCUGAGUCAUAUGUUGUGGAUGAGCGAGUUGGUAUAGCGGAACCUGGAUCUGGGGUUGAAUUUUAUUUUUGCCCACCACAUAGAAGAAUUCUUGAAAUGCUUGGCAGGAUCCUUCUAAAGGAAACUUCUAAUGAGGCACUUAAUGCAAUUGAAAAUGGCUUAAUAGGCGUUGUUGUAUGGAGAAAAACUCAAUUAAUGUCAAUGUCACCAAACUCAACAUCACACCACAAACGCAGUUCAAAAAAGCAACAUUUUAGUUCUAGAAGACCACAGGAGACGUCAAACUUUAAAGCUAAUAAUAUUUCCCCUAAACAGACUAUGCCUCAUGGCUAUUUUCCUAUUGCCACUGCUCGUCCUCCGCCUGAGGAGGAUGAUGCCGAUGGUGAUGAUGACGUCCCUCCUGGUUUUGGUCCUUCAACUGCUCGGGAUGAUGACGAUCUCCCUGAAUUUAACUUCUCUGGUUCUGCAAACCCUCCUGGGUUCUCUUUGCAGAACAAGCACCCUCUUACCCCUCGAGGGCAGUCCUCGAGACCACCCUCGUUCCAACCAUCCCAAACUGGGUCACGUCCAGUAGAGCAAAUGCGAGAGCUUGUGCACAAAUAUGGGCAAAACUUAGCUGGAAACACCCCCUCCACCGUAAACUGGGGAGAAAGGAGUGGGUUCAGUUCGGUAGCCAUGCAGCCUUGGAAUGACGAUGACGACGAUAUCCCAGAAUGGCAACCGCAAGCAGCUGCGGCCUCACAUCAGCAAAUACCUCCUCCCUCACAUUCGCAACAACCCGUACGUGGGUUUCAGCAGCCGACGAUAAGGCCUCAGUACAUGAUGAACCAUAAUCAACAGCCCAUGGGGCACCCCCCGCCCUUAAAUGUGAGUCAACAAGGGACAUGGUGGGCUCCUCAGCAAGGCCAUAACAUCAACAACAGCAAUAAUUUACAGCCUAUUAGCAAUUUAAAUAGUAGUAGUGGUCAGUUUUAUGGGUCAUUUGGAAGAUCAGCUCCUUCGAACCCUUCAAAUAAUAGAGGGUUUUGAAUUUUUCUUUCCUUGUGUAAAGUUAAAUUCUUUGUUCCUUUUCUGUUUUCUCUUUUCACAUA